AUGGAGAAGUCGAAAAAUCUCAACCGAAAAGGGCACAACGCACCAGAUAGCAACGCUCCGUCAUCUUUGAGUGGCACCCCCGCCUGGUUCGGCCCUGGAGGUGGAUCUCCCGCGCACACGGAGACUCCCUCCACCAGCCAGAUUUUAGCAGCACAGCGCAGCCCAAGGCAGCCGGCCCAUCCUGUCUUAUUCAGACAACUGGCAGAAGACUCAGAAAGCGUUGUUUCCCUCUCUUCUGUGGCCACACCCCCGUCGAGUACCUAG